AUGCUCAAAAUGUUUUAUGUUUUCCAAAAUUUUAACAAUUUCAUUCUGAUUGUGAGUUUCAUCUUGUCCCUCUAAACUCUUCCAACCCAAAAUUUCAGAUAUAUCUCAUCCUUUCGUGUGCUAGAAAACAGCAAAAAGUUUGUCCCGUUCGACACGUUGGUAGUUCGAUUCAAGGAAGUGUUACGGAAGCUGAUAAAAGUACAGCGACAGCGAAGGUUUUGCGAAAGAGCACGAAAAGUGCAAAGAGUCAGAGAAACAAGAAAACGAAAAAGACAGAGACUGUGAAAUCAGAACCUGCGCCGAGUUCAACGGUUCCUGAGCCAACGCAAUUUUCAACUGCUUCCACAUUGGCUCCAUUGUCCACGCAAUUGCAAACCCCUAUUACACCAACACCAAGGCCGAGUUGCGGACUUAUGUAAGUCGGGGUUUGGGUAUCUCGAAAACUCAAAAAUCUGGUCGUCCCAGUCCAAUUAUUUCCAACUGAACAUUGUUAUCUUGACGUAUUCCAAACAUUUUGAAAUUUGAUUUUUAGCCCUGUUUUUACGGUCCCGCUAAAAUUCACUCACUCUCAUUUGCAGUCCGGCGUCAAGCAGGCGAAGUUGCAACAAACUUCCGAGUCCCAAUCCAAAAUCUGGUGAAGCUGGAAGCAAAGCAGCAUAUCCAAUAUCAAAAGCACAAAGUAGAGCUGGAUCUGUAACAAAUCAAACUACAAUCCCAACCACCAAAAUUCAAAGUAAAGCUGGGUCUGUGAAGUGAGUAAUAGAAUUUGAAAAAAAACAACAAAAUGAGAUUUUUCAGUAAAACCGUGGCUUUGGAACCAAACAAGAAGUCAUCUGUCAAUUUGAAUCAAACUGUUUGA